GGGCUGGCCCCGAACGCGGUCCCGCCCGGCGCUUUCCUCUGCGGAGCUGCGGCGAGAGCGCCGCCCGGCCGAACGGGCGCGGGACGCUGAGCCCCCGACGGCGCGGCCAGCGGGCGCGCCCGCGCUCCCCGCACCCCGCCUGGCCCUGCCGGCCACCCCCGCGCGCAGCCUAGUCCCCCAGCGCCCUGCUCCGCCCGCGCCCCGUCCCGCCCGCACACCCCCGCGAUGCGGCACGGCGUCGCCUGGGCGCUGCUGGUGGCCGCGGCCCUGGGGCUUGGGGCGCGCGGGGUGCGCGGCGCGGUGGCCCUCGCCGACUUCUACCCGUUCGGCACCGAGCGCGGCGACGCCGUCACCCCCAAGCAGGACGACGGCGGCUCGGGGUUGCGGCCGCUCUCGGUGCCCUUCCCGUUCUUCGGUGCCGAGCACUCCGGACUCUACGUGAACAACAACGGGAUCAUCUCCUUCCUGAAGGAGGUUUCUCAGUUCACCCCAGUGGCCUUCCCCAUUGCCAAGGACCGCUGCGUGGUGGCAGCCUUCUGGGCAGAUGUGGACAACCGGCGUGCAGGCGACGUGUACUACCGGGAGGCCACCGACCCAGCCAUGCUGCGCCGAGCCACGGAGGACGUCAGGCACUACUUCCCCGAGCUCCUGGACUUCAGUGCCACCUGGGUUUUUGUUGCCACCUGGUACCGAGUGACCUUCUUUGGAGGCAGUUCCUCAUCCCCUGUCAACACAUUCCAGACUGUGCUCAUCACAGACGGCAAGCUCUCCUUCACCAUCUUCAACUAUGAGUCCAUUGUGUGGACUACAGGCACACACGCCAGCAGCGGGGGCAACGCCACUGGCCUCGGGGGCAUCGCAGCCCAGGCUGGCUUCAACGCAGGCGAUGGGCAGCGUUACUUCAGUAUCCCCGGCUCGCGCACAGCAGACAUGGCCGAGGUGGAGACCACCACCAACGUGGGUGUGCCCGGGCGCUGGGCGUUCAGAAUCGAUGAUGCCCAGGUGCGCGUGGGGGGCUGCGGCCAUACAACCUCCGUGUGCCUGGCCCUGCGCCCCUGCCUCAACGGCGGCAAGUGCAUCGACGACUGCGUCACGGGCAACCCCUCCUACACCUGCUCCUGCCUCUCGGGCUUCACGGGGCGGAGGUGCCACCUGGAUGUGAACGAAUGUGCCUCCCAGCCCUGUCAGAAUGGCGGGACCUGUACUCACAGCAUCAACAGUUUCCGCUGCCAGUGCCCGGCCGGCUUUGGGGGACCCACCUGUGAGACAGCCCAAUCCCCCUGUGACACCAAAGAGUGUCAACAUGGUGGCCAGUGCCAGGUGGAGAACGGCUCUGCAGUGUGUGUGUGCCAGGCUGGAUACACCGGAGCAGCCUGCGAGACGGAUGUGGACGACUGCAGCCCUGACCCCUGCCUGAAUGGAGGCUCUUGUGUUGACCUAGUGGGGAAUUACACCUGCUUGUGUGCAGAGCCCUUCAAGGGACUUCACUGUGAGACAGGAGGCCACCCAGUGCCAGACGCCUGCCUCUCGGCCCCUUGCCACAAUGGGGGCACUUGUGUGGAUGCGGACCAGGGCUACGUGUGCGAGUGCCCCGAAGGCUUCAUGGGCCUGGACUGCAGGGAGAGAGUCCCCGAUGACUGUGAGUGCCGCAACGGAGGCAGAUGCCUGGGCGCCAACACCACCCUCUGCCAGUGCCCCCCGGGAUUCUUUGGGCUUCUCUGUGAAUUUGAAAUCACAGCCAUGCCCUGCAACAUGAACACACAGUGCCCAGAUGGGGGCUACUGCAUGGAGCACGGCGGGAGCUACCUCUGCGUCUGCCACACCGACCACAAUGCCAGCCACUCCCUGCCAUCACCCUGCGACUCGGACCCCUGCUUCAACGGAGGCUCCUGCAAUGCCCAUGACGAUUCCUACACCUGCGAGUGCCCGCGCGGGUUCCACGGCAAGCACUGCGAGAAAGCCCGGCCACACCUGUGCAGCUCAGGGCCCUGCCGGAACGGGGGCACGUGCAAGGAGACGGGCGGCGAGUACCACUGCAGCUGCCCCUACCGCUUCACUGGGAGGCACUGUGAGAUUGGGAAGCCAGACUCGUGUGCCUCUGGCCCCUGUCACAACGGCGGCACCUGCUUCCACUACAUUGGCAAAUACAAAUGUGACUGUCCCCCAGGCUUCUCCGGGCAGCACUGCGAGAUAGCCCCCUCCCCCUGCUUCCGGAGCCCGUGUGUGAAUGGGGGCACCUGCGAGGACCGAGGCACAGAUUUCUUCUGCCACUGCCAAGCAGGGUACAUGGGACGCCGGUGCCAGGCAGAGGUGGACUGCGGCCCCCCGGAGGAGGUGAAGCAUGCCACGCUGCGCUUCAACGGCACGCGGCUGGGCGCGGUGGCCCUGUAUGCAUGUGACCGUGGCUACAGCCUGAGCGCCCCCAGCCGCAUCCGGGUCUGCCAGCCACAUGGUGUCUGGAGUGAGCCUCCCCAGUGCCUCGAAAUCGAUGAGUGCCGGUCUCAGCCGUGCCUGCAUGGGGGCUCUUGCCAGGACCGCGUCGCUGGGUACCUGUGCCUCUGCAGUACAGGCUAUGAGGGUGCCCACUGUGAGCUGGAGAGGGAUGAGUGCCGAGCUCACCCCUGCAGAAAUGGAGGCUCCUGCAGGAACCUCCCGGGGGCCUAUGUCUGCCGGUGCCCUGCAGGCUUCGUUGGAGUCCACUGUGAGACAGAGGUGGACGCCUGCGACUCCAGCCCCUGCCAGCACGGAGGCCGGUGUGAAAGUGGCGGCGGGGCCUACCUGUGCGUCUGCCCAGAGAGCUUCUUCGGCUACCACUGCGAGACAGUGAGUGACCCCUGCUUCUCCAGCCCCUGUGGGGGCCGUGGCUACUGCCUGGCCAGCAACGGCUCCCACAGCUGCACCUGCAAAGUGGGCUACACGGGCAAGGACUGCACCAAAGAGCUCUUCCCACCAACGGCCCUCAAGAUGGAGAGAGUGGAGGAGAGUGGGGUCUCUAUCUCCUGGAACCCGCCGGAUGGUCCAGCCGCCAGACAGAUGCUUGAUGGCUACGCGGUCACCUACGUCUCCUCCGACGGCUCCUACCGCCGCACGGACUUUGUGGACAGGACCCGCUCCUCGCACCAGCUCCGGGCCCUGGCGGCCGGCAGGGCCUACAACAUCUCCGUCUUCUCAGUGAAGCGCAACAGUAACAACAAGAAUGACAUCAGCAGGCCUGCCGUGCUGCUGGCCCGCACGCGACCCCGCCCUGUGGAAGGCUUCGAGGUCACCAAUGUGACGGCAAGCACCAUCUCAGUGCAGUGGGCUCUGCACAGGAUCCACCAUGCCACCGUCAGUGGGGUCCGUGUGUCCAUCCGCCACCCUGAGGCCCUCAGGGACCAGGCCACCGAUGUGGACAGGAGUGUGGACAGGUUCACCUUUGGGGCCCUGCUGCCUGGGAGGAGGUACGCCAUCCAGCUGACCACCCUCAGUGGGCUCAGGGGAGAGGAGCACCCCACGGAGAGCCUGGCCACCGCACCGACGCACGUGUGGACCCGGCCCCUGCCUCCAGCAAACCUGACCGCCGCCCGAGUCACUGCCACCUCUGCCCACGUGGUCUGGGAUGCCCCGACUCCAGGCAGCUUGCUGGAAGCUUAUGUCAUCAAUGUGACCACCAGCCAGAGCACCAAGAGCCGCUAUGUCCCCAACGGGAAGCUGGCGUCCUACACGGUGCGCGACCUGCUGCCGGGACGGCGGUACCAGCUCUCCGUGAUAGCAGUGCAGAGCACGGAGCUUGGGCCGCUGCACAGCGAGCCCGCCCACCUCUACAUCAUCACCUCCCCCAGGGAUGGCGCCGACAGACGCUGGCACCAGGGAGGACACCACCCUCGGGUGCUCAGGAACAGACCGCCCCCAGCGCGCCUGCCGGAGCUGCGCCUGCUCAAUGACCACAGCGCCCCCGAGACCCCCACCCAGCCCCCCAGGUUCUCGGAGCUUGUGGACGGCAGAGGAAGAGUGAGCGCCAGAUUCAGCGGCUCACCCAGCAAAGCAGCCACCGUGAGAUCACAACCCACAGCCUCGGCGCAGCUCGAGAACACAGAGGAAGCCCCCAAGCAGGUCAGCCUGGCCCUCCAGCUCCCUGAACACAGCAACAAGGACGUCGGAAACGUCCCUGGCAACUGUUCAGAAAACCCCUGUCAGAACGGAGGCACCUGUGUGCCGGGCGCAGACGCCCACAGCUGUGACUGCAGGCCAGGGUUCAAAGGCAGACGCUGCGAGCUCGCCUGUAUAAAGGUGUCCCACCCCUGCACAAGGCUGUUCUCCGAGACAAAGUCCUUUCCAGUCUGGGAGGGAGGCGUCUGUCACCACGUGUAUAAAAGAGUCUACAGAGUUCACCAAGACAUCUGCUUCAAAGAGAGCUGUGAAAGCACAAGCCUCAAGAAGACCCCAAACAGGAAACAAAGUAAGAGUCAGACACUGGAGAAAUCUUAAGGAUUUAAGACGUUCUUGUAACACUCCACCAACCUCACGAGUUUCUAACACCCAGGAAGAUGAGGUCUAAAAACUGGAUGAAAAAGGACACCUUGAGAGAAAAGGUCCUAGCUGGAGUCAGUCCCCUCUGUGACCUCUCUCCUCAGGCCUCUAGAGGACAGAUGGCCAGGCCUGUGCGCACACCAGCCCGCCCUGAGAGACCCCUCUGGGACCAACCACCUAUGAGUCCUACGAUGCAUUUAAGCAGCCUGUGCCCUCACCCAGGCUGCAGUUCCUGAAGGUGUGGUCUGUGCCUCUGCAGAUGAGAUGACAGCUCGCCAUUCCCCGGGAUUAGUGAGGCUGUCAGUCAGCCACGCUUCUGCAGUAUGCAGAAACCUGUUCUUAGACUCCAAAGCCAGAGAAAGAAUUCUCCCUUCGAGGCCUAACAAAUUGAGAAGGAACUGUGAUGGACCACUUCUAAAACAGAGACGGGGCAGGGACUGAAGGGCAGAGACCAGGUGAUGUCAGAAGGAAAGCCGGGUUGCAGACACAGCCGCCCCUGCUCUGGUCCUCCAGCGUGUUUAUGACGCUCGUACGGGUCGACGAGCCAUCCUAUGGACUAGUACAAUUUGGAAGAGUUAACACUAAGGUGGAAUUCAGACUCUUUUAGACAACAGCGCGACUGUCAGCCUUUCUCUGUAAAGGGUCAGACAGUAAACAUUUUCAGCUUUGCAGACCAGAGGUUCCUGUGGCUACAGUAGCGCAGACACAGCCACAGGCAUGUCAUUGAAUGGCUGUGGCUAUGUUCCAAUAAAAACUUAUUUACAGUAACAGGUGGUGGCCAAAUUGGCCCAUGGGCCUUAUUUGGUGAACCCUGUUCUAUGAGAUCACCUAGGCUUCAGCCUUAAACAGUGGAAGCCAUCCCCUGAAUGACAAGUCACAAGGGUUAUCAAAGAAAGACCCCUAAAUUUUCAUGGAAAAAGCUAUCCAGACCCCUGCUUGGAAAGCUAAGGCACACUGCCACAAAGCAGCAAGGACGCCUUACAAGUCUCAGUGCAACAGAGAUGGACACCUGGGCUGGGCUGGACAAUGUUUAAGGUUCCUUUUAGUCCAUGACUCAAGUAAUACUGUUUUAGGCGAUCAGGUAGUAAACACGAUCUUAGACAUCUCCGUCUUCGUAAGCAGAACAGUAACGGCACCUCACCACAUCUGCUUCCCACCAUGCUUCUGAGCAGCUGUCUUCCCCCUGCUAAUGUUACAACCGAAGCAGCCACCCCACCUCCUCUCGUGUUGAGCCUCAUGAUGGCUGACCCAGCUGGAAAGCCAGCGCCCUGCUGCGUCGCCCUGACUCUGCUCAGAGCCAGCAUUCCAGCCACAAAGAAGGCCUCCUUCCUUUCAUCUUUUAUAAAAAUGUUUUUUUGAAGAGUUAGAGUAUAUUUUAGGCUUUUUAUCUUUAUUAAAAUUUCAUGUGCAUGUGUCUGUGUAUUCUGCAAUUUGUCAUUUUCAGAAAGAAGGAACAGGCAAUUCGAGAAGUUUCACCUGUACUCCCGAACUGUUCCCCAGGCUCCAGACCCACUUGAGAGCAGAAGGUGGAGCUCAAUGAAGGGUCUCGAGCUCAGCGAAGGGUCACUGGGUGAACUGAGAGAAAACCACAUUCACAAACACGUACUGCGGACGUCCUGCAGCGCUGGGACCUGUCACUGUUUGUCCAUGUAAGCUACAGCAUUACUAGCAGAUGCUAAGAUCGAGUGAUAUCACUGGAAAAGUAGGUGAAUCUUUCUACUAGGAAACUUUCUACUCCCUACUAGGACCUCAAGCCCCUCAGCCACACAGCAAAUGCUAAUAUGCUCCAGUGUUAGCUUAGAAGCCUUGUGUCAACAAGCACUGGCUCCUGAGUCCCAAGUGCUGUCACAGGACUCGCCCAUUGGGAUGUUUUCCACAUUAAAUAUCGAGUCAAAAGACUUCCUGGUGCUCAGGAAUUACAGUUCGUUCUCGAAACACUCCAAGGAGGCCACCACAGCUUUUCCCAUGGGGCUUCUUUUAAAAACUCGAAUGGCUUCCUUGAAAAUACUCAAAGUCCACCCAAAGAAAUUAGUAAUAAUAGAAUCAGAAAACUGUCAGGAGCAUAAAGAUUUAUUUCUGUAUCAAAAUGAAAGAAGCAAUCAUGAGUUGCUGAAUUACCCAUUUGCUAAUGAAACUGGGAUGGACUGAUCAUCUAACCAAGUGCAGACUGAGGAUUCUACUUAGUGCUCCGAUUGGGCACAAGAACAACAGCCUAGGUUCUAGGGAGAGUGGCAGUGACUGGGAUGCCACAAUGGAAGAGAAAAUGAAAACACUGGCACAGUGAAAUGUCUCAUUUCCAAACAGUUUUGCUUAUGGCCAAGCAAGGCAAUAAAGACAAACUCUCCCUUUUCCCCAUUGCAUGUAGGCUGCCAGGUACAAGUAAGGGAAUCUUUGCUGUGCCCACUGUCCUCCAGUGGAGAACCCAACAGGCAAGGGCCCCACUCAGGUAUCAGCUCACCUCCUGCACCUCCCCUUAGCAGGAACUCCUUCCGCUGGCACACGACUGCCACUGCUGUCUGACUCAACUGUGGCGAUGUGGAGGGAGUCACCGAGCUGCUUUUCUUUUGCAAAACAGAAGUCUUUUUCUUUGCAGUCACGCUCUAAGAAGAGGCUGCUGGAGAAAACAAAAGCACCUAGACUUCGGUGCUGAAUCCCCACAGUAGCAUGCAGCUCACACCUACCAGGGGUAUUCCAGUGCAUAGGGGAAAGGAACCCGGCUGAAAAACCAGCUUCUUAUUUUUCUUUUAAAGAAAAUAAUACGAUCCUAAGUCCAUUUACCAUCUGAAGUUGUCAUGAGUGAACAGUCACAUUACUUUAGUGGCCCAGGCCUUAGAUGAGUUUCUGAGGCUCAGCACUGACAUUUUGGGCCGGAUCAUCCUCUCUUGUGGGACCAUCCUGUGCACUGCGGGAUGUUUUACAGCACCCCUGGCCUCUACCCACUAGAAUCCUAGAAUCUACCAGAUCCUAGAAUCUAGUCAAUCCUAGAAUGCUACCGAGGAGACUUGAAUUUUGGUCCCAUCAUCAAAAAUGCCUUCUGCAUCAAUCCUAUGCCAGUUUCCCCUAAAGAGGGCUAACUGGAAUGUUCUAAGAUGUACCAAUCCUCCAGGACCCUUAGAGCUCAUGCCAUCAGAGACAGGCCUCUACCUCAGGGAUCACCCCUGGCUUACAUCAAAUUCCUCUUUUUUCCCAACAUUUCAAAUUGUUCUUCGGACUCACUGAGUUCCCUAACGUGACACACCCCCGACCCCCACACCCACCUUGGGGGGUCAUGGAGAGCUCCCUGUGGCCCUGGCUUCGGCCCGCCUGCUCCAUGACCCUGUGCUCUUCUCCUCUGGUUCUCGAAGCCGCCUGUAACCAGGGCAGGGAGAUCACUGUAUGGGACCAUUCCCUGGCCUCCACCUGCCCCAGCACUCUCCAGGCCAGCACAGUCUGGCCCUACAGACCACAGGGCCGGAGACACCAGGCCUGGAAGUGACCACUGGCCAACAGCUGACAUAAAAGCCAACUUCCCCAAACAGGAAGGGCCUGUUCUUCACAAAGAUAAAACUGCCAGUGUUUUGCUGGCCUUAAGAAGCCAUGCAAAAUUAACCAAUACAUCACGAAUCAACUUCCUUUUACUCUGCUGUACACUGAAUACCAUUAUGAAGCAAUAUACUUUUGGAUUAAAAAUAAGUAUUUUUGUGGAAAAUCUGCUACAUGUUUUCAUAAAAUAAAGUGCUAUGAUGUACUAAAACCUCA